AUGUGUAGAAAUUUUCUAUGGGGAAAAACUGACCAGAUUCACAGGAAACCACCAUUAGUUUCAUGGGUGAAUGUUUGUCAGGGGAAGAAAAGAGGUGGCUUGGGUAUCUUUUCAGCAACUAUUUGGAAUAUUCCUUCUGCUCUAAGAUCCAUCUGGUACAUUCAUGUAAACAAGGAAUCUCUUUGGAUCAAAUGGGUUCAUGAGAAUUAUCUCAAACAAGGAAAUAUCUGGCAAAUUAAUGCAAGAAAGAGUGAUUCUUGGAUGUGGAAGCAAUUGUUAAAAGUGAGAGAUAAAUCUCUUGCUUUUUGUGGUGAUUCUGAUAACUUGAAAAUGCUCAUUAACUCUUGCUGUAAGACAAGGUUAAACUCUCCCCUGCAGGAAACAAGGUGUCACGGUACAAAACAGUUUGGGAGGAUUGAAAUGUCCCUAAGCAUUCUUUCAUUCACUGGUGCUUGUUUGGAGUCUAGAGAUCACUUAUUCUUUGAGUGCAUAUUUUCAUGCAAUGUUUGGAACCACAUCAUGGAAUGGUUGAAGUUUGAAUGGAGAUCUUCAGUCUGGCAGCAGCUUCAGAACUGGUUUAAUACUCGAUUGAGGGGUAAAAGUGCAAAGCAAAAACUCAAAAGACUAGCUCUGAAUGCGGCGAUAUACAAUAUUUGGAGGGAGAGAAACUCAAGACUCUUCCAACAGAAAAUUAGAAGAGAAGAACAACUGGAGAGAGCAAAAAAAAUUGACAUAGCAACUAUUAUCUUCAGUAGUCUCUUACUGAAGAAUAGAGAUGAUUAUCUCUUGAUGUUAUGA